AUGACAGAUAACUGCUGCCACCUCCUCCCUCCUCCUCCUUCAGUGUGCACUUCCCCUUUAAAGUAUCUGAGAGGAACAGCCUUACACUGCUCGCUCUGUCUCUCUCCUAGUUUGUGGUGAGGCUGCUGUGGCUGAAAGGAUCUUAAAGGAUAAAGAAGAAGCUCCUGUUUAUGGCUGAGGCUGCACCUCCUGUUCGUGGAUGUGACAUGCAGGGGAACAGGCCUGAAGUUAUCAGGAGAGUGAUAAGAAGCUGUGUUUUAUUUGCAUUUCCUUUGCCAAAGGAUACAUGAGCAGGCUGUUCAUCCUGAAAAGCUGUACCUUGACGGGAGUGGGGCCAAGCUGCAAAGGGGAGGAAGUCGGCAGAUUUCACACAUGAUGGACUGCAACGACUCCCAUGCUCUGCUCUCUGGGGAGCACCUCAUCUAUGCCAUCACCAUACCGCUGUCAACUUCCAUCAUCCUGGCCAACCUUGUCAUCAUCUUAGGCAUCGCCUGGAACCGCCAGCUCCACAACACGACCAACUACUUCUUCCUCAGCCUGUUAGUGGCAGAUCUGUGCACAGGCGUGGCGCUGCCUUUUAUCCCUUUAAUGGGCCUGAACCGGGAGUUGAGUUUUAGCUCCUGCUUGGUGGCUCACGUGUUCCCAAACUUCCUCUUCCUGGCGUUCCUCUUCAACCUGGUAAUGGUCCACUAUGAGCGCUACAUUUGCAUCGUUGAUCCCCUGCAUUACAAUAACCUGUGGAUGCAUCGCAGCUUUCCUCUGGCACUGCUUGUGGUUUGGGCGCCACCACUUCUGUACGCAUCUCUACCUGCUUUUGGGUGGAAUAACUGGACAGGGCCAGAUUGGAACGGCUGUUGUGCAAGUAGCCAAAAUAUAACGUCACUUUCAAACUGUUUCACAAACAAAACCACGUGCUGCUCGUACAGGCGAGUAUUCCCCAAUGCUUUUAUCUACUUGGAGGUGUAUGGACUCGUCUUACCUGCUAUUCUUACCAUCGCUGGCAUGACUGGCCAUGUUUUAUGGAUCACCCGAGGCCAGCUGAAGGACAUUUGUCGCCUCCAUCGCUCAGUGGAGCGGGGAAGCCAGGCCUCGGACCGAGAGCAGAGGCUGAACCUGCGGUACACUCGAUGCGUGGUGGCAGUGUCGUUUACAUUUCUCGCAUGCUGGGUACCCUAUCUCAUUUACAUGCACGUCUGCGUGGCGUUCUUGAUGACGGACACCAAGUGGAGCUCCACCACUCAUAUUAUACUGUCGUGCACUGGUAUUGGAAGCAUGGCAGUGGUGCCGCUGGUGCUUGGACUAGCCAACAGGCAGUAUACAGAACCUGCAUACAAACUGCUCCAGAAACUAAGAGACAGAUGGAGCCGAAGGACGCAGGGAUCAGAGGAGGUGGCAGUCUGAUAAAAUACUGAAAAAUAGGAAUAUUUAUGAAGAUGAAUCUGGAAGAAAUGAUGGUGGUUGAUACCCGAGGUAACCUAUAUUAUGGAAGAUUAUAAGGGCCAGGCAUAAGGGGAAGAAAAGGGGGAGGAAGAUUUUUGGUCAAAAUGUCAAGAACAAAGUCCAAAUGUUGAGAAUAAAGUUAAAUCUCCAGUAUUGGUGCCAUGUAAAACACAAAUAGAUCAGGGGAGGAAGUAUUUUUUAUUUUUUCAUUUUUUUUGCAUUUCGAGAAAAGUUGAAAUCUUGAGAAGAAACCCAGCUGGUACCGGAUGCUGAUAUGACAUCAGAAAAUCAGGUUGAUGAUAUUUUAAAUGUCUAAUAAAUUUCACGUUGUGUGCACGUUAACAUUAUGACGUUUUGCUAACUUUGGGUUUCGUUCUCCAUACCUUACACCUUAUGCUGUUAUUCUGCAUCAAGAUGACGUUGGCAUGAGACACUGGGUUUUGGUAACUCACCAACACGUCUUAAAACCAACAAAAUAUCAACAUCAUCUGUCGUCAGUAUUCUACUUUAAAUUUAUGUUGGUAUUAGACAUUGUCCUGACAUUGAAUUUUGGUCAUCCAGCGUCACAACUUAAAUUCAACCAUUGGUGUCUGACACCACAAGUCACUGCCCAAGCACCUGAUUUCGACAACUUCAGAGUGAGACCGAUCCUGUUUUGCCUGCAGGUGUAGCCAGCAAUACCCUGCAGCUGUCCAUUACCAUCUAUGUAAGUUUGCAUGAAUGCAGCCACCUCUUCCAAGUUUGUUUGGUUUCUCCUGAUCAAACACAGUGCUCUCUUCAAAGUCCUAAUAUUUAUUAGCACGCUGUGUUCAUGCGCUGAAGGAAAAAUAAUAUCCUUCUUUUUAAAGCCAAUUCUGAAGUUCAGCAAAUCAUCAAGGCAUUUCAUGGAGGCAGUCAUAUGCACUAACAGUAGUGGUCGAUUUAUUCUCAAAAGUUCGACUUUAAUCUUGAAAUGAAAAGUUAAUAGUCAUUUUGACGAUUCUCAAAAUGGUACUUUUACUUUAUUCUAAAUAUGACAACUUUAUUCUUGAUAUUUUGACUUUCAUCCCAGUGCAAAACAAAAAAAACCUUCCUCCUCUCCUCCUUUUUCCCUUAGCCCUAAUAAUCUUCCGUAGUCCACUAGUCAAGGCCUGCGGGAGGAAAUUAUUUAUCAAUGAUCUGAACACACAAAGCCACUUUCUGUUUUACCACCAUUACACUGGGUUAUGAAAUAUGAUUUCUGUCUUUGGCUCCCCAUUUCUGAUGGUUUUCCAUUAUACUUUCAGAGUUGUGUCAGGAGAUGUAAUUGAAAAGAUGAAGAAAAGGUAGUUCAUGUUUUCAGGACAACAUUUAUCAUUGUCUCAAAGACGACUAUAACACCAUUUGAGCAACAUGCUCACGCUGCCAACGUGCUAGUGUUUAGCAGGUAUAAUAAUGCCUGAAAUGUAAAUUCUCAGUAUGAUAACAUGAUGAAGUUAGAUUAAAUAAAACUACCCUUGUGUCAGUGUUGUACAUCUUAAAAAUUAAGCUCAAAGACAUCAUAAUUUCUCUUUGUGCUGCCUGCUCUGGUUAACCAGUGCUAAGACUUUCUCCAUCUGUCACCCACCUGCCUGCAGUGUUUACUUCUACUUCCCUCACUAGUGUUUAUCUAUAUACUGGUAUGCAGGCUGAAGAGGGGAGAAGGAUGCAUUCACAGUCCCUAAUUCAUCUACAAGACAUGAGGAAAUAGAGCUUCAGGAAGGAUAUGCAGGAAAGAAACAUGAGGUGAAAACCGUGUGUGCAAGUUGGAAUGAGUUAGCUGCCAUAUUUAGAUAAACUGUUACAGGAAGGUUAAAUACUAUAAAAUAAGACUUCAGAGAUACCUGUAUUUAAUAAAGACUAAAGGUUUUGUUGUAAAGAUCCACCCAAGGGAAAUUGGAUUUUUAUUUGAGACUUGAUCAAACACAGACUGUGUGUCAUGCUAUUUGUGUCCCCAGUCAAAGUGUGGUUUUAAAGGUACACAGACAGUAUGUGGGCGGAAAAGCUGAAGAGGAAAAGCAGACUUUAAUCAAAUUAAAGAGCAAACAAUGUCUGAACUGUUAUGGGACAUUAGGAGGGAUGGGAUUUCAUCAUGGGGUCAAGGUACAUCAUCUGUAUGUCUUUUGUAUGUGUUGCUUUGCUAAGCCAUGUUCCAGUAUGUUUUCCACAUUGGUUUGUACGUAUACUCCUAAUGACUGUCUGCCAUCUGUGUCGAGUGGAAAGAAAAACAUUUGUCCGAAUUGUGUCUGGAUUCUAAAAGCAAUAGUUUAACAUUUUGAGAAGAAGCACAUUUGCUUUAUUUAUGAUGGUGAAAUGAGAAGACUGAUACCACUCUCAUGUCUCUAUAUUCGCUUUGCUUAGCUCUGCUCAAAUGUAACAAAAUCUGCCAACCAGCACCUCCAGAGCUUAUUAAUUAACAGGUUGUUUAAUUCUUAAAAAAAAGUGUAAAAAUGUCAGUUUGCCUUUUUAUAAGAAAUACCGUGUCAACAGGGUCAGCAUAUCCUCAUACAAUAGUCUGAAUGAUAUCCUACGAAAAUGCACACACGGCAGUUUGUAUGAUAUCCUACAAAAUAGCCCCCCCCACAAAUGACAUUAUAUCCUUAAUGUAAAGUUACAUACUUAACGUGAAGUUAUGGAGGUUAGGUUCAGGCAAGUAAAGCUACUGAGGUUAGAUGUUCACAUGAUCUAAACACCAGUCUCCAGGGGAAAGUCCUGUGUUUUGUGACCCAUCCACCACCCCUACCUGCCUCCUAAACACCUCAGACCUCUUCCUUCUUUACGUCUGUCAGCAUCAUGUGAUCGCAGCCUUCCCAAAUUCAUGGAUUAUGCACAAAUU